GAUCUAAUUAAAUUGACUGUUUAAAUGAGUUGCUUUAUGCAGGUCAGCAAGGCAGGGUUGAAUGAACUCUUGUGUAACAGAAUGCGGGCUCUUGUCACAGUGCUUUCCCCCCUAACAUUGAAAGGUAAACCUGAUUGAAUUGUUCUUGUUCCAGUGUCUGCGGUGUCUCAUCAGGCAUGGUUGCCAGUUUGGUAAAACAUUUCCAUGACCUCCUUUGCUCAUGUUAAAUUAGGUAGAUGGCACUUAACAUGCUGGAUUCUUACUUUAAUGGAAGCUGUGGCAAAAGUUGCAAUUCCUUAGAAUUUUUUUCCCUUAUACAACUAGUCGUGUGGACUGAAGAAUGGAAAUUUGUGGUUCUGUUUGUGUUUUUGUUUUAAUGGGAGUUUGGGGAAGAUCCCAGAAGUUGCAUUGUAUUACAUUUUUAAUAGUAAAAGUAUUCCAGUUUAUUCUUUUCUUUAAAUUCUGCAGUGCGCGCACGUAGUAGAAUCUCUUGGAUGCCGUCCUUGUUUGGAUGUCAGGAUUACAAUACAGAAUGAUGCCCUUCUAGCAGCACACUUGUAGAACAAUGCUGAUUGUCUGCUCCGAGGUGUAAACAAAGUUGUAAACAAAAAUGAUUGAAAACUAAUGAAGUUGUUACUUUGUUAUUAGUCUCAAUACUUCCAGAAUUAAAAAGCAUCUUUAAAAUUAUAAUGGAUGUUUUAAUAUUGUAACUAGAUUUUUUUUUUCUUUUCAAACAUGCAUUCUAAAAUUGGGGUGGGGGGCAUGGAUUGCUGCCAGUUUUAUUUGUAAUGCUUGUUUGUAUCUAAGUGGAAUGGGUUAAAGGGGAUUUUUAUCCUUAGUUAAAAGGAAAGCACAUUCCUGUAUAGAAUGAUAUGGAUUGUCACUCUUAAAGUCAUAACUUACAAGGAAAUGAAACCUGUUCCAUGAUUUCUUUUUUCAAUCCCUACAGUAUCACCCUCGUGAUCUGAAUAAUAGUACUGAGGUGAUAUUAUUAAUGUGGCUUUUUGAAAUCAAACUAAUUAUAUUUGCCUGAAAGAGCCACAUUAGUGUGAUUCUAGCUCCCUGAUGCCUUUUUGGAGCCCUGGAGACAGCCUAGUGAAUAGGGCUGAAAAUUCAUUCUGUAUUUGAUUAAAUGGAACAGACUCGUUGCUCCUUACCCCAGCAGGGGCUAUGAGAUCUCUUGAUCCCCGAAGCGGCUCAGAGACCCUGGGAAUUCCAUUAGCGAGCACCUGAGGAAUGUCUGCCCUGCAGUGCCUUUUUUGAUGAUAGUGGGGGGAGAAAAGUAGUAUUGCGGAGUUGAUUGUGGGCGGGGAGGAUACAUUAGAAGAAUCUAUAUGUUGGAAGAUCUAAAAUCAAGGCAUGACUUAACAGCUUAUCUUUGUAAGAGAAAAGCCCAACCCAAAAGCACACUAAUAGUCGGGAUUCAUAUUUAAAGUAGAACUGUGGUGUAUUUUGGGCACAGAAACUUAACUCAUCCACACUGCUUUUUGAAACCAUCUGAUUCUUUAUUCAGUCUGCAAGACAGAUUGGUGGAAAACAAAUAUUAAAACAAGCACAUAGUGACAGACUGGUUGUUUCAGUGCCUUGUCAUAGUCUGGAGCUCUGUGCUUUCAACUUCUGUAAUCUGGCACUAUGCAUCUGGAUCCUGGACCCAUACAGGCACUCUUUUUCCUCACCGUUACAGUUCUCUUCUCCACUACAAGUUCAGAUUUGAUUCCUCGUUUUAUUUCUGAGCCCCUGUCCACUGUUCAGAAGCCUGGUGGGCCUGUAAAGCUACAUUGCUUGGCUGAACCCUCCACAGUUCGCAUUUCUUGGUUGUUUAAUGGAGAGAAAUUGGACAGCAGGGUGGAGCAAGUAGAAGUCCAUCCAGGAUCUUUGACAAUCUUCUCUCUCAGCCCUUCAAAUUCUGGGCAGUACCAGUGCAUUGCCAAUAACAGUGUUGGUGCUAUUGUGAGCAGGCCUGCAAGAGUAUCCAUAGCCCGUCUUGAUGAUUUUGAUACUUCAGUGAAAAGUAUAGUCACAGUAGAAGAAGGAAGUUCUGCUUUCAUUGGAUGCAAGGUACCAGAAAGUAACCCUAAACCACAGGUUCGCUUUCGAGUACGGGGAAAAUGGCUGGAACAAUCAACCGAUAACUACCUAAUUCUUCCAUCUGGAAACCUGCAGAUUUUGAAUGUAACUCUAGAAGACAAAGGGUCCUAUAAGUGUGCAGCGUAUAACCCAGUCACUCAUGAUCUCAAAGUAGAGCCCAUUGGACAUAAGCUUAUAGUCAGCCGUUCCUCCUCUGGGGGUAUACAUAUACUUCACCCCACUGUUCCUCAAGCCUUUGCAGUACCUCAGCACAGUCCCCUAACUCUAGAAUGUGUUGUUAGUGGGUUGCCUGCAUCUCAUGUCCACUGGUUGAAGGAUGGGCAGGAUGUAUUGCCUGGAGGCAGGUGGAGACUUCUGCAUUCUCAUCUUGUGACAGACAGACUUGAUGCAUCAGAUUCUGGAAACUACUCCUGUGUAGUGGCAAAUGAGUCUGAAGUGGUGAAGCGUGUAAACUAUUCACUUAAUGUACUUGAAUCUGCCUCAAUUUCUAAAGGAUUGCAGGACCAGGCAGUGUCUCUGGGUGUAACUGUAUACCUUUCAUGCGACAUUCAUGGAAAUCCUGUUCCAAAUCUCACCUGGUUCCAUAAUGCAGUUCCUAUCCAUCUCUCUACACAUCACCUAUCCACAGGAAACAAGUUGCAAAUCAGUGGCAUUACCAAGGAGGAUUCUGGCUUGUAUCAGUGUGUUGCAAACAAUGGGAUUGGAUAUAUGCAUUCCACUGGGAGACUUACUGUCCAGACAGGCAAAGGUUCAGUACCAGUUAUAGUUUCUCCACCAGCGAGUACCAGUGCAGUAGAUGGUGGUGGUGUUACGUUGUCAUGUAAUGCCACUGGGCUGCCUGUUCCAGUAAUUCGUUGGUACAACAGCCGUGGACUCAUUACCAGCCACCCUUCCCAGGUCCUUCAUUCAAAAUCACGAAAAUCUUCACAAGCAAGAAUAAGUAGCACCGUGUCAGAACCAAUCUACUUCACUAUGUCUCGAGCAGGCUCAAGCUCCCUGUAUAUUCAGGCUGUUACUCCAGAGCAUGCUGGGAAAUACUCUUGUGAAGCAACAAAUGAACAUGGCUCAGCACUGUCAGACGCAUUCCUUAAAGUUGUUCCUUUUGAAACUAGUACAAAAGCUGAAGAAAUCACUACUCCAGAGACUGCCCAAAGUGAUGAAGGUGGCAGAGAUUAUGAUACAGAAACUGGGUUUUCGAGUUUGCCUCCAACAAACCUGCAUCUUGAUGAAGUUAUUACAGAAAAAAGUCUUAGUGGUGCUUCCCCUCCUGAAGCACCAAUUAUCCUCAGUCCUCCACAGACUCUCAAGCCAGACAUGUACAACUUGGUGUGGCGUUCUGGAAAAGACGGCGGGUUACCUGUCAAUGCUUACUUCGUGAAAUAUCGCAAGCUGGAUGACAGCAACAAUGUAAUGGGAAGCUGGAAUACAAUUCGUGUCCCAGGAAGUGAAAAUGAACUUCGUCUCACAGAAUUGGAGCCUUCAAGCCUCUAUGAAGUUCUAAUGGUAGCAAGGAGUGCUGCUGGUGAAGGGCAGCCUGCUAUGCUUACAUUUCGUACUAGCAAAGAAAGAGCACCAUCCUCGAAAAACACUCAGGCCCCAUCUCCACCAGUUGGCAUUCCUAAACAUCCUGUCAUUCAGGAGGGGACAAGUAACUUUGGUGUGGUCCUUCCAGAUCUAUCUCGGCAUAGUGGAGUUCCUGAGGCUCCAGAUAGGCCUACUAUCUCAACAGCAUCUGAAACAUCAGUCUAUGUCACCUGGAUCCCACGAGCAAAUGGUGGCUCCCCUAUCACUGCUUUUAAAGUAGAGUACAAGCGUAUGAGUCGAAACAGUGACUGGCUAAUUGCAGCUGAUAAUAUCUCUCCCUCUAAAUUGUCAGUGGAAGUUCGUAACUUGGAGCCAGGGGUCAUGUAUAAGUUUCGUGUGAUCGCUAUUAACAAUUACGGAGAAAGCCCACGAAGUGCAGCUUCUCGACCUUAUCAAGUAGCUGGCUUUACCAACCGUUUCUCAGAUCGGCCUGUCGCAGGACCUCACAUUGCCUACACUGAGGCAAUCAGUGACACUCAAAUCAUGUUAAAAUGGAUUUAUAUUACUUCAAGUAACAACAACACGCCCAUCCAAGGAUUUUAUAUAUAUUACCGCCCAACGGACAGCGACAAUGAUAGCGAUUACAAGAGGGAUAUUGUGGAAGGUACAAAGCAAUGGCAUUUGAUAAACCAUCUGCAACCAGAAACAUCUUAUGAUAUUAAAAUGCAGUGUUAUAAUGAAGGUGGUGAGAGUGAGUACAGCAACGUGAUGAUCUGUGAAACUAAAGUGAAACGCACACCUGGAGCCUCAGAAUAUCCAGUGAAAGACCUGAGUACACCACCUAAUUCUCUUGUUCGUGGUGUUGGGAGCAAUGCUGGUCCGUCAAAUGGACCUGUUCGGAGCAGUGACAUGCUGUAUCUGAUUGUGGGCUGUGUCCUCGGUGUGAUGGUCCUUAUUCUCAUAGUUUUCAUUGCCAUGUGUCUAUGGAAGAAUCGUCAACAAGCCACCAUGCAGAAGUAUGACCCUCCUAGUUACCUCUACCAAGGGGCAGAUAUGAAUGGGCAAAUGAAUGAGUAUACUACAUUACCAGGCACAAGUCGUGUCAAUGGCAGCAUACGUGGAAACUUCAUUGGCAAUGGUAGCCACAAUAAUGGCUGUCCACACAUCCAUCAUAAGGUUUCUAAUGGAGUUAAUGGGAUCAUGAAUGGAGGAGCUGGACUUUACCCAGGGCACACCAACUCACUUUCCAGGACACACGUGGAUUAUGAACACCCCCACCAUUUAGUAAAUGGUGGUGGAAUGUACACAGCAGUGCCUCAGGUUGACCCUUCUGAGUGCGUCAACUGCCGAAAUUGUCGGAACAAUAACAGAUGUUUCACCAAAACCAAUGGUACUUUUAGCAGCAAUACCCUUCCUGUAGUGCCGGUCGUGGCACCUUAUCAGCAGGACAGUUUAGAGAUGAAACCAUUGAAUCAUGUGAUGGUAGCCAUGUGCUUAGCCUCCACAGUUCCAGACUGCAGUGCCGAGAUAGAAGAGGACAGCAAAGAAAAAGUGGAGAAACCAUCUCCCCAGCAUUCUUGCUGUCAAGAAAAUAUGAAUCAGAUCAAUGCAGAUUGCACAGAAGGUAACAACUGUGCACAUUCAGAAACAUCAAAUCACAUUUUGAGCUGGAGUCCCCUUAUUCUGCAGCCUGUUUCAAAGGAUUGUAAUGAAAAAUCAAGUUGGAAUUCAUCUGGUGUCACUUUAAACAGCUCUGGGGACUUUCGACAACUCCAAAUACAGGAAGCCUGAGGAUGUGACCAUUUUCCCCACUUGAAGCCAGUAACUGCACAGCAGAAUCACUGAAAGGGACUGAUGGAGGGAUGUUAAUUAUAACAGAGAGUUGCUAUUUAUUUUUUGUAGUAGUGUCAUAUGAAUGUAUCUUGUGUAAAUUGUUUCCUUUCUUUCAUAUUAUUUAUGCCCUGAGAAAUUUCUUUAGCUUUUCCACAUUCUGUGGACUAGCCUGGUUAUGUGUAAAAUUUUGUAAUAAUAUAAAACAAUGAUUGAAAAUAAGUAGUAUUUUUUCCAUGGAUAUUACCAGCGCAAGAAGCACUUCUGCAGAGGAACCUGAAUGUUUAGUAUGCAGAUUUCUUUGAGCGAGUCAGACCUGAGCGGUUCUGAGGUUCAUGGCAGAUUAUAGCCACCCCGUAGAGAAUUGCUGCAUCGCUGGCAUUUGUUGCAGUAUUUUUAUAGCUGUUUUUCCCUGAGUAUAUGUUCUAGCUUGUUUCAGUUUAUCUAGAGGGAGCUUGAGAUUUGGAAAGAUAUUUGGUAAACGAACCUCUGCAAAUUAAUGAACUUCAGGUGCUCCAUUUUUCAUCCAGUUCAGCUGUUUAGAUAGUAAUUAACCCAACUGUGGAGUCUGAGCUCAGAGGUCAGUUGGUGGUUCUUUGGGGUUUUAGUAGUUUGCCAGUAUUCAGAAAAAAGUCUACUGGCCAACGUUCUCAUGCUUCCUAGCAAUAGUCGUUUUUUUGGACUUCCACAUUGAAGGUUGCUAUUUUUCCUGUUUUUAAAAGGAUUUCAAUUACCUUGUCAAGAAACAAAAAUUCUGAGCGAUUUGUUGGAUCCACCCCUUUCUCAUAAAUAAGGAAUAAUCAAGAUGAAUAGUCCAUAGUCUGAGAAUUAGUCAUCCAAUCUCUACUGCAGGUACUUCUCUGAAAAUAUUGUUUUUUAAAAGACAGGGACUAAACUGCUAAUAAGUAUUCACAGUGACCAUCUCUGAUUAGCUGGUUGUUUUGCCUUCUGUGCAUGUAAAUUUAUCUGCACAUAAAUUAGAUUGAAUUUUCUAAUUUCAGAUCUUAAACCUGCUUAUCUAUACACAGACCUUCCUUAAGAGCAGCUGGGAAUGACAUGCUGAGAGUAAACACAGGCAGUACAAAGAAAACUUUACUCCAUGAGGUUCAGCUGCUUCAGUCUUUACAGCUCAUUAGUAAAUAAUUGCUGUUAAUUCCAUUGGCUUAAUUUCUAGCAGCCCUAAACUGGAAUCUUUGUUGGUCUGUACUUUAUUAAUCUGCGCACUAGCUAAUAGUGCUGGCAGCCCCAUGUUUCCCAGCAAAAGAUUGACUAUUAAGAAGAGGUGGGACUGAGAUGAUGCUUUAUUCCUAAACUCUUAACACUGCCCAACAAACAAUUACAGAAUUAAAGUGAGAAGAGAGAUUCUGAUGCUUUAUCCCUAUUUUUUUGUUCACUUGCACAUAACAAGUUUCAGUGCUUUCUAGGGGAUUUCCUAGGGAUUAGGGGGCUCAAAUGUAUUUUAUUUAACUCCUUGGGUGAGAAAAAAGGAAAAAGUAUCAUUUGUACAGUGACCCCCUUUCUGGCUGUCUAAGUAAAGCUAGAAUGUUUUCUGUCUUAGCAAAUUGCAUCCAGUUCUGUUGCAGGUGCUGUCAAAAAUGCCACAACUGAUGGCAUGGCUGUGUAUGUAGCUUUAAGAAGCUUGCCCAUAUUCCAGAAAUAACAGAUGGAGCAUGAUGUAGGUGUUGCAGUGUUAACUGCAUUUUUUUUAAUUUAAUCAGAAUAAAUAAAAUAACCUUGUGCUUGUAAAGCAUCCUGUCUAGAAAUCAGAGCAAAGAACCCAAGAAAUGAGGCACAUAAAUUACAAUUACAGCUGCCCUGAAGCAAUACAUGUGCAGGCUCCUUGUAAUGGAACAAGUAUUUUCCUAGUUGAAGCCAGAACCACCCCUUUGGAGGGUGGUGGGGAAGCAAAACUGCCUUAUUUAAGAUUGCGAACUCCUUACGGAAUAAGUGAGAAGGUUCUUACAGGUGCAGUAUAUCAUAGUAAAAUUUGUGUCAGAAACAGGCUGCCUACUUCUCAAACUAUUGCAACAAAUGUCACAUGCAGUGUGUGUAUAUACAGUGUGUGAAAAUAUUAUAUAUAAUAUAUGUAUAUUAUAUUUUUAAAUACAUUAAUGAGAAUUUACUGAGUUUGAUCUGGGUUACUAUGCAAGAGUUUUAUUUCAGUAGGAAAUUAGUUGAUGCAGUUUUUCAUUCGAUGACUAUAGAGUGAUAGAGGGUGCCCUACUAGAUGCUGUAAUGUGAGUUCUCUACUCCUGAUGUCCAUGCAUGUGUGAUGGAUUUAGUCUUCAUGUUUGUUAGGCCCACAAGCAUCAGAGGGAGGCAGAUUCCUGUGAUCUAGUGUGAUUGUUGAGUGCAAUGUUGUCCAACCUUGUUUGUUUUGAAAAUGUGCCUCUGUCUGACAUUGAUUUAGGAAACUUUGGUAUAAGAGUUCAGUAGUUGGGAGCCAGUUUGAAUCGGGAAUCCAUAGGUUAGUUGGUAAGAGCCCUUAAGUCAUAAACUGCUUUGAAAGAGUCAACUUUGGGGGUAUGGGUGGGGAGGGGAGUUUCUACUCAAGGAAGAGACUGUUGUAAUCUGCCUUGUUAGCAGAAUCUCAUCAUGGACUGCUUUAUUUAUAUUGAGUGACACUGUUUUAAGUGUUUUUCUUGUUAUUGUAUUUUAUUUAUAAAAAUAUAUGUUUUCCUUUAUUUUUAGGGGACAUGUUCUCCCAAUUAUAGAUGCGUAAUUAUGAAUCUCUCUAGAAAUUCUGCAAUGAGUGCUGCAAUCCCCAGAUCUUGUAAUCAUUCAGCUCCCGCCAUUAAACUUUAACUGAGGUCACCUACCCAGGAGAUACUGAAUGGCCUUGCUCCCAUAACAGCCUCAUUGCCUUUCAAGCUGGAUCUUUUAGCAUCACUCUUAGAGGAGCUUGGUUUGGACAUAUUAUAUUAUUUUUCUUUGAAAGCUAGUUGGCCCAGAGAUUUUGUGCAUCAGCUUCUCUAGAUCCUGCUAUCCCUAGAGUUCUGGGCUUGCUGGCAAGAGUUUUGGCACCUUGGGAAUGAGGUGCACUGCCACAGCAGAGGGGAGGAAACUGGUGUAACUGCCUUUGUCACACUUGAUUCUAGCCAGUGCUUAGCUCUUUGAAUCCAUAGGCACUGAAUUUUACCCAUACCUGGAAAGGCCUCACUUAAGUCAGACAUGUGCAUACUCCCCUUUUUUCACUCUCUUCUGAAACAGUAAGGCACUUCAAAGCCUCUGGUAAUUACUUGCCAAAUCUUUACCUUACAGGGAAAAAAAGAGUUAAAAUUAAGACUUUUGUUCAAUACCUUUCCUCAUGGUACGUGCUAUAGUCAGUAAUUGUCUUCCUGAUACAGAUACCUCUGUAAAUGCCAUUCAGCUCCAGUACUGCCCAAGGAAGAUGUUCCUUUUGCUCUUUCACCUGUGUUUUUGAAAGCAAUGACUUAAAUGCAUGUGUUUUGUAUCACAUAGAAAAAAUAUGCUAUAUUUUCCUAAAAGAAAGUUGUAAUAUUCCUUUUGAAAUUGUACAUAUUUUUAAAUGAUGUAGUUUUUGCAGGUUUUUUGGUGGUUUGAUUAAUAUUAAAGAGAAUGCUGCUGCUUUA